GUUCCUGUAGAGACAGCCGCCCACAGGUCCAAAGUUUAGCGAGUUGUGGGUGGCUGCUGGGGUCUGAAUCCCGGACCUUGGUUGCCUCCGAAUCCCGUGCUUCUCGCUUCUGCAGUUCGGACACCCCUUUUCCCUACUUCCUUUCGCCUCGAUCCACAGCCCUGAGGAUGGAUCCCGGGCCCGCCCCUGACGGAGCCCCGAUAACUGGCCUGGCCUGGGCUUUAGCUUCGGCUGUCCCGCCCCGGGGCUACAGCGCGAUCACUAGCACAGUAGAGGGGACACCUGCCAACUUUGGAAAGGGGUUUGCACAAAAGUCUGGCUACUUCCUGUGCCUCAGUCCUGGGGAAAUUGGGACUGGCAGUGGCAACAGCAGUGAGACCCUCCCGGAAAAUGUGGUCACAGAUAUCCAGAUUCUAAAUGAGAAAACACCUCUUCCCAGUGGCUUCACCUAUAUCAGCGAGUUCCUCGACACUAAGGCUUCAGUAUCAAAAAAGAAACGGGUCUGCAUGAAGCUGGUCCCCAUUGGAGUGGCUGACACGGCUGUGUUUGAUGUCCGUCUGAGUGGCAAGAACAAAGUGGUGCCAGGAUACAUGCGUGUUGGGGAAAUAGGUGGCUUUGCAGUUUGGUGUAAGAAAGGUCAAGUGUCCAAGCCCAAGCCCCUUCCUAAGCCUCGGAGCAUCAGCUUGGAGAUGAAAGGCCUCUCCCUGGAUAGGUCCAGUGACAGCUCCGAGAAGCUAUCCCCAUUGAGCUCAAGACAAGGGACUAUCAGGCGGAGCGAUUCCAUCUACGAAGCGUCCAGUCUAUAUGGCAUCUCAGCCAUGGAUGGGGUCCCCUUCGUCCUGCACCCCAAGUUUGAAGGCAAAGACAAUGGUCCAACGGGCUUCUCUGCUUUAGCAGACCUGACCAUCAAGUCUCUGGCUGACAUCGAGGAAGAGUACAACUAUGGCUUUGUGGUGGAGAGAACAGCAGCGGCCCGCCUGCCUCCCAGUGUCUGUUAGCUCCUGGUGGUGGAGGAAUCAGCCUUCAAGAUUCUGAGACUUAACAGCUGGUGCAUUGCUGACCACAGUGCCUCUCUUCUUCCUUUUGCCUUCUCUGCCCUCUGGGCAACACUCCAUUCCACAGUCCCUUCUAACAUCUGGAAACCUGCAGCACUAUCAAAGCAUCCCUAGGACAGGCAGCUCAGGAUCCUGAGGUUUGCCACUGAUAGUGCCUGGUGAAGAUGUGAGGAUAGGAGGGAUCCUGAAGCCAUUUUGCCAAAUACCAGAGGUUAUACUCUGGCAUGGGCAUCUCAGAGAGUUCCCUGCCCCAGAGGGCCUUAAGCUAGUAUGGCUUUGGUGUGCAGAGAAUAAAAUGUGUGCCUUGGACUUUUUUUUCCUGGUGGGUGCCUGCUGGAUUGGUACAUUUUGCUCUUAGCAAUAAAGACUUCUUGAUCUAA